GUAGAAAAAAAAAUAAAGGCCAUCAAGUGUUGAGCCCACAAGCUGUCCUGCUGCAAAAUUAACUUGCUUUGUUACAUAUGUGUCUCUUUUAUGUCUAACUGAGGAUUUAAAAUGAGUUUGGAUGCAUUAAGUUAUAUAGUUUGCAUAUUGAAUGAAUUUUAAAGGAGUACUUCAGCACUUUUUUUGAUCUGCAUCAUGCUGUCAGUUACCUUGAACAUUAGUUUUGUAUAUAAUAAGAAAAACAGAACAGAAAAACCUCUUAACUCAAUACAUGUUUAUAACCGAUGGCAUUGGGCAGUUGCUGAAUUUACUCAAUAAACAUUUAUGCGAAAUGUAUAAUGGUAGAACACGUCCAUAUAUUCUUCAGUCAACAAGAUCUGUAUUGAAAUAUUUGUAAAUUGUGUCUGUGAUUCAGUCAGAGAUGAGAAUAUAUGGCUUUUCUUCAGAUGCUCCGUGUGAUUGAUGCCUAAAAACAUUUGGGAAAGUGAGGAAACUAUUAACUGGAAAGUUGGAUAAAACUUGGUAAUGGUAGCUUUUGUAUUCUGUCUGAUCCUGUCCUGUAUUGUCAGUGUAACAAUUUAAAGUGAUCAUUAUAUUAUCACAUUUCAGAUGUUUAUCCACAUAAUUCAGCAACUGCGUAUUGGCUUCUUUUAUAGUGUAUAUACAGGUUUUCUGUUCUUUAUGUAGGGAGUAUUUAGGGAUGGGCAAUGUGGUAUUUAUUGUUAUUGUCAUAAAUUGCAUCACACUUCUCAGUAUACUGUGUAUAUAGUCGCUACUUGAGCAGCUGCUGGUAUCAUUACAAAGAAAGCAAAAUUAGUUCUUGUUUAAUUAGAUUUAGCAUCGCACAGUAUGUGAAAGGCUAAAUAUUGUUUGUAUAAAAUCAUUAUAUUAAUAGUUUAUUUUUAAAACCUUUUAAAUGUGAAACUACUGAUGAUUUUUGGUUUCAACUUACGAAGCUUCAGAAAAAUUAAAUACUGUGAUUCAUGUAGAGCCUGUUUACGCCUUGCAUUAACAUGUGUUUUCUGGAUAAACUUAAGCCGGAUUCUAUUUACACUUUUUGUUAAGGUGGAUCUUCAGUUUGACCAGAUGAGGUCCGAUUUAACUUUUUCUGUAUAAAAAGCACAUGGUUGUUUUUGUUUUACUUUUGUUUCUCGGUUUAGGACACAAGGACAAACUUGGCCUGGACACUUUUACUGGCCCGGAGUGCACGAAGGCUCUUGAUCUCAGCCUAAUUUUGGCCUUGUUUUUCCGCCAUCUUUCGUUUCAUUCUUUUGUUCUCUCAGCUGCUAAUCAGCUCUCAUCAGACACAUUUCCGCUCACAUAAUUAGAUUGAAAACUUCCGUUUACACUUGCUAAACAGGGUCAAGAUCCGUUUCUGACCACCUCCAAAUGUGGUUUGAGUGAUCUGAUUUAUAAUCCGCUCACAGUGCCUACUGGAAGUGUUUACAUCUGGCUUUUCAUGCGAUCAAGUUAAAGCUGAACGUGAUCUGAUCACCAAAAACAUGUUAAUGUGAGGUGUAAACUGGCAGUGUAUUGUGAAAAUUACGAAGUAUCGUGAUUAUAUGCUUUUGCCAUAUUGCCUUGCCAUAUUGCCUUGCCCUAAGAGUAUAGAGAGUUCUAUAGAAAGCUGCUGUCUGUAGUAAACAGUCGUGCAGUGUAGACAUUUUUCAUAUGGCGUUUUUCCACUGGGCACAUGAUGAAUUCACUUAUGCUUGUUUAUGGGGUACCAAGCAUGUCAAGCCAGAGCUGGAGGUGAAGGUGGUAAAGGUGUAAACCAUUUGCAGAAUCAUCAGUCGGUGUCACUGGAGUCCAGUAAAAAUGGACAAUGACAUGUUUAUAAAAAAUAAAAAAAAAAGACAGUAAAAGAGAAAUUAGAGCUUGAAACUCCUAGACAGAGCUCCUCCUACAGUCACAAUCCUGUUACACAGUGGGAAACAGACACGGCUGCUCGAUGGGGGUACGAAUAGUUCUGGGUUCAGAUUUGUAACCAUACUGUGCUGUAGUGUACUGCCCAGUGGAUAACCGCCAGUAGUGGGUGGGUUGAAAAAUGCCAGAGUUUUCCUUUAAGUCUAAAGGUUUUGCAUGCAAUUGUGGGACUCUAAGCUGGUAAAUGCACAUUUGCACUGCAAUUUAAGGCACUUUUCCCACUUAUUCUCACUGUGGGCUUUUUCUCCGUUUACAUGCAUUAUUCUCCAUCUGACACAGUUCAGUCAUUACGGUCAGUGUGAUGGUCUUGAAUGUCCUGUUGAUUCUCUUCACAUAACUAAAAAGAAAAGGUUGAAAACCUUUUUUAACCGUGGUUUUCUGUUUUUUUGCUGUUUUUGUUUUUUUUUGUGUUUUCCAGUUCUUUUCCCUGGUUCUGCCAGUCCUAUAAACCAGACCCAGCAGAAAAAGCCACCCAGCAGUUUUGUCCUACAGCUUGUCCUGUUUCUCAAGUGUUUCUCUCUCUCUCUCUCUCUCUCUCUCUCUCUCUCUCUCUCUCUCUCUCUCUCUCUCUCUCUCUCUCUCUCUCUCUCUCUCUCUCUCUCUCUCUCUCUCUCGCUUCUGCAAUUCAGCACAGAUAAUCAAUUUGUGUGCAGUUAAACGUUAAUUGCAGAUCUGCUUCAUCGCACCAUGGAUUCCAUGCAUCACAAAAAUGCCAUUAUUUAACAGUCUUUUCAUUUUCCUCUUCAGCAUUUGGCAAACUCUAAACUCUAUAGUGGAGCGAAGCAGCCGACGUGAGUCGCUUGUUCAUAAAACAGCUAAUGAAACAGAGCACAUCCCACUGGACAGCCGGCUGUGCUUGCUUACAUUUGGUUCAUGACUUAAAAAAACAAGUUCAGGAGUUAUUCCUGAUGAGUCUAAAGCUCUGUCACUGCUUGCUCCAGCCAAUGCUGUUGCAGGAUUACUGCCAGGGGGCGGGCUUCUCCCCACACCCAAUCCAGUGCCAUCUAUUGGCGGUGUUCCUCUUGGCGGUCUCGGAGGGCCUGCCAUAGAUGCAAUGGCUGCUUUGGGCAUGCCUGGACCCAACAUGAACCCUCAGUCUUUGUCAGCAGAACAGCUGAUGAAGAUUAUGGCCUCAAUGGAUCCCAAGUUGAACCCUAUGGCUGCUGGUUUAAACCUCAACCCUGGACUGAAAGCAGAUGCCUCAAACAAGGAGAUUGAGGAGGCCAUGAAGAGGGUGAGAGAGGCCCAGUCACUCAUCUCUGCUGCCAUCGAGCCUGGAAAUAAGAAAGAUGACAAAAGGAAGCAUUCAAGAUCAAGGUCAAGGUCACGAAGGAGGAGAUCAAGGUCCCGCUCCAAAUACAGGCGCUCCAAGAGCCGAUCCCGGCGGAGGUCACGCUCCAGGAGUAAGAGGAGGUCAAAGAGCCCUAGAAGGAGGAGAUCUCACUCCAAGGACAGGAGCAGACGUUCUAGGUCAAGGGACCGAAGGAAAGAAGACAAGGGGAGGAAGCGUUCCAAAACUCCGCCGAAAAGCUACAGCAGUGCCAGACGCUCCCGCAGCACCAGCCGCAGACGACACAGGAGGAGCCGCAGCAUGUCUCGCUCACCUAAGAAGUCCAGAUCUCCUAAGAGGAGGCUCUCUAGAACUCCUUCUCCAAGGAGGCAUAAGAAGGAAAAGAAGAAGGAUAAGGAGCGUGAUAGAGAUCGUGAGCGGGACAGGAGAGACGAUCGUGACCGAAACCGAGACAAGAGAGAACGUUCCACCAGCAAGAAGAGCAAAGACAAGGAGAAGGAUCGAGACAGGAAGUCAGAUGGCGAGAAGAGUGAUGUUAAGGUGACUAGGGAUUAUGACGAAGAGGAGCAGGGCUAUGACAGCGAGCGAGAGGAAGACCGGGAGAGGAGUUCAGACGUGGCUUCGCCCCCACAGGCGGCUGGACUGCAGGCCGACAGUGCCGACGACGCAGGGAGAGGAGAGUCGGACGGCCCGAGCGACGAGCAGCAAGACGAGGAUAUGGACAUGAGCGACUGACCCCAGCAUAGGAACAGUGGCCAUUAUUAACCAAGCAGAAAUCAGUUCCACAUUUUCUCUUUCAAUGUUUCUGGUCAGAGUUUGGGUUUGAGUGAAUGCUCUUAGAGUGGUAGACAAGGUCAAAGGCAUCUUUCACCAGAAUGUCCAGAGCGUUCCUCUCCUUACUCCCCUCUACAUCUCUCUCCAAACUACUGUACUCACCGGUGAAACUUAGUCUUAAUUAUGUACAUUUCAACAUUUUAGAGUCUUUUCUCCUGUCUGAUUUGGAAUGGUGUUCUUCAUUAGUUAGAUAUGACUUUUUUUCCACACUAAAGGCGUCACUGAAUCAUUUGUGAGAUUUCUGGUUAUUUGCAAGAAGAAACUCUAAUGCUUCAUAUAAAAAUGCGCAAAGAAGUCAGGUUGUGUUUAAAGUCAACUUUUUAUAAAUAAAAACCAGGCCUCCUGAUUAAAACGACUUUUUUUGUCGUUUUAAGUCUGAGAAUGUGUGCGGAGGUGGUAUGGAGUAUCAUAGCAUCAGCAUAGCCUUUGUGUGAUUUCAUUUCAAAAUCAAAAUUGGUAAUAAUGCUACUGGGCAACAGUGAUGUUGAACAAGUUUUCUUUAGUUUGUUGCUGUUCACUCAAGUUUGUACAUCCAUUGUUCUCAUCCUCAUAGAUUGUAGAUUAUUUGGAGAAUGGUUAUGUGUUUGCAAUAUGAUAUAAAUUGAAAAUAAAAUGUUAACUCUUAAUAUGCAUCA